AUGGACGUCAAAAUUCGAACAAGCCUUCCAGCAAUUGAAACAGUAUCUGAGCUCACCCCUCUGUUAUCCAAGCCCGAAGAAGGUGAGCCCAUGUUCCUGUACCUUGCAGUCUUGGCCUCGGCCGUCAGCUCGGCCCUGAUCAGAGAGGUCGGAGGCAAGCAGCACCCCGUAUACUACGUGAGCAAGGUUAUGGUACCCAUGGAGACAAGAUAUCCGUCCCUGGAGAAGCUAACGCUCAACCUCGUCGUUUCAGCUCGGAAGUUACGUCCAUACUUCCAAGCCCAUUCGGUCAUUGUGUUGACUGACUCCCCUCUCAAACAAGUUCUCCAGAGGCCCAAAGUUUCAGGUCGGCUAACCAAGUGGGCCAUCGAACUCGAAGAGUUCGACAUUCAGUUUCGUCCGAAGACAGCAGUUAAGGGCCAAGCUGUGGCCGACUUCAUUACCGAAUUCACCACUCUGAGUAUAGGAGAGGUCAAUGCCGAAAGCGAGACUAUUCCACCCGAUCCUCCGUCCAACCCAGGGACUGCAUCGAAAACCGGAUGGAUCCUCUAUGUAGACGGAUCAUCCAAUGUUAAGCGAAAUGGAGCCGAAAUCGUCUUGAUCGCACUUAAUUCCAUGUCCAUCCAAUAUGCGAUCCGACUCAGCUUCAAAGCCUCAAACAAUGAGGUGGAGAACGAGGCUUUACUAGCUGGACUCAGAUUGGCAGCGAGUCUAGGUGUCCAGACUCUCCAGGUCCGAUGUAACUCCCAGCUGGUAGUAAAUCAUAUCUCCACCAAGUACGAAGCUAAAGAGAUGAUGAUGAUCGCUUAUCUAGAUGAUGCCGACGCCUCGGCAAAACUGGCCUCAUCCUCAGAAGGAAGGAUCCCGCGGAUCGUUCCUGUCGAAUUCAUAGAAAAUCCAAGCAUCGACCAGGCAGAGAAGAAAGCGGUUAAUCCAGUGCAAGCUACUCCGAGCUGGAUGGACCCGGUUUUCAACUACCUCACAUCUGGCGAGAUCCCCUCGGAUAAACUGGAAGUUAGGCGCUUGAGAGUCCGAGCCGGGCGAUACGUCGUCCUCGACGAUAUCCUAUAUAAGAAAGGGCAUUCUCAACCCUACCUCAGAUGCCUCCGACCCGACGAAGCGGACUAUGUUAUUCAGGAGAUUCACGAAGGAAUCUAUAGAAACCAUUUCGGCAGCCGAACCCUACCCUGA